CUCAGCUCGGAGGCAACUCCAACUCGGACUUGGGACUUCUGACGCGGAUCCUCAGCUACUUCUCACCUCGGGCAGCGUCCUCCUCCUCUCCUCAGGACGGGGGUGCCAAGAUGUCCCGCAGCGGCUCAGGGCCCCGGGCCGCCCCCGACGUGUGACCCUAGCUUGGUCCCCCUGCUCGGCGGUCCGCCCUCCCCUUGGAGACCCCCGGCCCGGCUUCCGGGGGAGGAGGGAGACGACGAGGCCGACGGGGGGAUGUCCGGCUCCAAAAGCGUGAGCCCCCCGGGCUACGCAGCGCAGAAGACUGCGGUGGCAGCGCCCCGGGGCGGCCCCGAACACCGCUCAGCCUGGGGCGAGGCUGAUUCCCGCGCCAAUGGCUACCCCCACGUCCCCGGGGGUUCGGCCCGAGGCUCCACCAAGAAACCAGGGGGGGCGGUGACCCCGCAGCAGCAGCAGCGCCUGGCCAGCCGCUGGCGCAGCGACGACGACGACGAUCCUCCGCUGAGCGGCGACGACCCCCUAGCCGGGGGCUUCGGUUUCAGCUUCCGCUCUAAGUCCGCCUGGCAGGAGCGCGGCGGGGACGACUGCGGUCGCGGCAGCCGCCGGCAACGGCGGGGCGCGGCCGGCGGGGGCAGCACCCGGGCGCCCCCUGCGGGCGGCGGCGGCGGCUCGGCUGCGGCGGCGGCCGCGGCGGGCGGGACGGAGGUGCGCCCCCGUUCGGUGGAGGUGGGCCUGGAGGAGCGGCGGGGCAAGGGCCGCGCGGCCGACGAGGUGGAGGCCGGCGCCGUCGAGGGCGGCGAAGGGUCCGGGGAUGGCGGCAGCUCGGCGGAUUCGGGCUCCGGUGCGGGGCCAGGCGCGGUGCUGUCCCUGGGCGCCUGCUGCCUGGCGUUGCUGCAGAUAUUCCGCUCCAAGAAGUUCCCGUCGGACAAGCUGGAGCGGCUGUACCAGCGCUACUUCUUCCGCCUGAACCAGAGCAGCCUCACCAUGCUCAUGGCCGUGUUGGUGCUCGUAUGCCUGGUCAUGUUGGCCUUCCACGCGGCGCGGCCCCCGCUCCAGCUGCCCUACCUGGCGGUGCUGGCGGCCGCGGUGGGCGUGAUCCUCAUCAUGGCUGUGCUCUGCAACCGUGCCGCCUUCCACCAGGACCACAUGGGCCUGGCCUGCUAUGCGCUCAUCGCCGUGGUUCUGGCCGUCCAGGUGGUGGGUCUGCUGCUGCCACAGCCUCGCAGCGCCUCCGAGGGCAUCUGGUGGACCGUGUUCUUCAUCUACACCAUCUACACGCUGCUGCCCGUGCGCAUGCGGGCCGCGGUGCUCAGCGGGGUGCUCCUGUCCGCCCUCCACCUGGCCAUUGCCCUGCGCACCAACACCCAGGACCAGUUCCUGCUCAAACAGCUUGUCUCCAAUGUUCUCAUUUUCUCCUGCACCAACAUCGUGGGCGUCUGCACCCACUACCCGGCUGAGGUCUCCCAGAGGCAGGCUUUCCAGGAGACCCGAGAGUGUAUCCAGGCGCGGCUCCACUCACAGAGGGAGAACCAGCAGCAGGAGCGGCUCCUGCUGUCUGUCCUUCCCCGUCAUGUUGCCAUGGAGAUGAAAGCAGACAUCAACGCCAAGCAGGAGGAUAUGAUGUUCCAUAAGAUUUACAUCCAGAAACAUGACAACGUGAGCAUCCUGUUUGCUGACAUUGAGGGUUUCACCAGCCUGGCAUCCCAGUGCACUGCACAGGAACUGGUCAUGACCCUCAACGAGCUCUUCGCACGCUUUGACAAGCUGGCCGCAGAGAAUCACUGUUUACGUAUUAAGAUCCUCGGGGAUUGUUAUUACUGCGUCUCGGGGCUGCCUGAAGCGAGGGCUGACCAUGCCCACUGCUGUGUGGAGAUGGGCAUGGACAUGAUCGAGGCCAUCUCGUUGGUCCGGGAGGUGACGGGGGUGAACGUGAACAUGCGUGUGGGAAUUCACAGCGGGCGAGUACACUGCGGUGUCCUUGGUCUCAGGAAGUGGCAGUUCGACGUCUGGUCUAACGACGUCACGCUAGCCAACCACAUGGAGGCUGGUGGCAAGGCAGGACGCAUCCACAUCACCAAGGCUACACUCAACUACCUGAAUGGGGACUACGAGGUGGAGCCGGGCUGUGGGGGCGAGCGCAACGCCUACCUCAAGGAGCACAGUAUUGAGACCUUCCUCAUCCUGCGCUGCACCCAGAAGCGGAAAGAAGAGAAGGCCAUGAUCGCCAAGAUGAACCGCCAGAGAACCAACUCCAUCGGGCACAACCCACCCCACUGGGGGGCCGAGCGCCCCUUCUACAACCACCUGGGUGGUAACCAGGUGUCCAAGGAGAUGAAGCGGAUGGGCUUUGAAGACCCCAAGGACAAGAAUGCCCAGGAGAGUGCAAACCCUGAGGAUGAAGUGGAUGAGUUUCUGGGCCGCGCCAUUGAUGCCAGGAGCAUUGAUAGGCUUCGGUCUGAGCAUGUCCGCAAGUUCCUCUUGACCUUCAGGGAGCCUGACUUAGAGAAGAAGUACUCCAAGCAGGUGGACGACCGAUUUGGUGCCUAUGUGGCAUGUGCCUCGCUCGUCUUCCUCUUCAUCUGCUUUGUCCAGAUCACCAUCGUGCCCCACUCCAUAUUCAUGCUCAGCUUCUACCUGACCUGUUUCCUGCUGCUGACCUUGGUGGUGUUUGUGUCUGUGAUCUACUCCUGCAUAAAGCUCUUCCCCUCCCCGCUGCAGACUCUCUCCAGGAAGAUCGUGCGGUCCAAGAUGAACAGCACCCUGGUUGGGGUGUUCACCAUCACUCUGGUGUUCCUGGCGGCUUUUGUCAACAUGUUCACGUGCAACUCCAAGGACCUGCUGGGCUGCUUGGCACAGGAGCACAACAUCAGCACAAGCCAGGUCAACGCAUGCCACGUGGUAGAGUCGGCCGUCAACUAUAGCCUGGGCGACGAGCGGGGCUUCUGCGACAGCCCCUGGCCCAACUGCAACUUCCCCGAGUACUUCACCUACAGCGUGCUGCUCAGCCUGCUGGCCUGCUCCGUGUUCCUGCAGAUCAGUUGCAUCGGGAAGCUGGUGCUCAUGCUGGCCAUCGAGCUCAUCUACGUGCUCGUCGUGGAGGUGCCAGGUGUCACGCUGUUCGACAAUGCCGACCUGCUGGUCACCGCCAAUGCCAUAGACUUCAACAACAACGGGACCUCCCAGUGCCCUGAGCACGCAACCAAGGUGGCACUGAAGGUGGUGACACCCAUCAUCAUCUCAGUCUUUGUGCUGGCCCUGUACCUGCAUGCCCAGCAGGUGGAGUCCACUGCCCGCCUCGACUUCCUCUGGAAACUGCAGGCUACAGAGGAGAAGGAGGAGAUGGAGGAGCUGCAGGCCUAUAACCGGCGGCUACUGCACAACAUCCUGCCCAAGGACGUGGCCGCUCACUUCCUGGCCCGUGAGCGGCGCAACGAUGAGCUCUACUAUCAGUCCUGUGAGUGUGUGGCGGUCAUGUUUGCCUCCAUCGCCAACUUCUCCGAGUUCUACGUCGAGCUGGAGGCCAACAACGAGGGUGUUGAGUGCCUGCGGCUGCUCAACGAGAUCAUCGCUGACUUCGAUGAGAUCAUCAGUGAGGAUCGGUUCAGGCAGCUGGAGAAGAUCAAGACCAUUGGCAGCACCUACAUGGCCGCCUCUGGCCUUAACGACUCAACCUACGACAAGGCGGGCAAGACCCACAUCAAGGCACUGGCCGACUUUGCCAUGAAGCUGAUGGACCAGAUGAAGUACAUCAAUGAGCACUCCUUCAACAACUUCCAGAUGAAGAUUGGGCUCAACAUCGGCCCCGUGGUGGCUGGGGUGAUUGGGGCACGAAAGCCUCAGUACGACAUCUGGGGCAAUACAGUGAACGUGGCUAGCCGCAUGGACAGCACUGGUGUGCCUGACCGCAUCCAGGUCACCACGGACAUGUACCAGGUGCUGGCUGCCAACACCUACCAGCUGGAGUGCCGGGGUGUGGUCAAGGUCAAGGGCAAAGGCGAGAUGAUGACCUACUUCCUCAAUGGAGGGCCCCCGCUCAGUUAGCAGCUGCUGGCCAGUGGGGCCAGGCGGUCUGGCCUCCAGAGGCGUGGAAGCAGCUUGUGUGUGUGCCGGGGGUGGCGGGGAAGCCAUGCUCUAGCCCGCAGGGCUGCGCUGCUGAGAUUUUCCACUUGGACUCCAGAGCAGCUUCUGCCUUUGCUGGUGGGCAGCGGCCUCUAUCCCAGGCCCCGGGGUGCCAGCGUCCUGCAAGCACCCAGCUGACCAAAGAUGUUUCCCUCUGUAGAAGACUCUGCUAGACUGGGUCUGAAGCUUGAGUUUUCUAACAGGUGCUGCUGCACAGGUGGAAAGGAGCUGUGGGAGUGUGUGUAUGGCACAGCCCAGAUGAGGGAGGGGCCUCCACCUCAGCUGGGGGUAGACAGGCUCAACUCCGGCCUUGGGGAGCCCAGGGGCUCCAGGGGUCUGCUUUUCCAUGCGAGCCUUUAAACUUCAGGCAGAGGCCACUACCCUGCACCUGCAGGGGCUUUGGGGCAGGAGUGCUGGCUUUGGAGGGACUGUGGCCUUCAUCAUGGUCCUCUGCCCACACCUCCAUGCACACAAACAGUGCCCUAGGAGGGAAACAAACAGAGCUAAUUAUGAGGGGGAGGCAAGAGGACGCCAAGCAAGGAGUGGUGAUUCUGAGAAAAAAAUAUUUAUUAAACAAAACAAAACUAGUUCUCCGUGCCCUUCUUUAGACUAUGCUAGUUGUAUGCGUGUAAGACACACAAGUAAAUGAGGAUGCCAAUCGGGGGGAGGGCAGGGAUCCCCACUUGUCUUUUUUGUAUUUUUUAUUUUGUAUUAUUGAAAGCCUUGGAGAUCUCAGAUAUGCCAAAUUCUAUAUUUUGUAAAUUAGAAAACAGCUGUGCACAGCAGGGCGUGUGUGCGUAUGUUGCUGUAUGUACUAGUGUAUAUGUGCGUGUGUUCAUGCUGUGGAACUGGUCUCACGCAGGAUGCGUUUCCCUUAUUUCAGAUUUGGCAGUUUUGGGUUUUCCCAAGUACCACCAGAGCAGUGGGUGUGUGCUUUCGGGGUGCCACAUGCUCAGACUGAGGAGGAGGAUGCAUGGACACAUUGCCCCAUCUUUCUCUGACACACGUGUGUAAACACACGCACACACCCUGCUUCCCCUAAGCAAAAUGCAGAUGAAAUAAGAAAACAAAAAGCUGCUUUCCCACCCCAGGCCAAGCUGGAACCAAGGGAAGCAACCUCAUCCUGCAGCAGGUAGCAAGGCACUUCACACCCUGAGAUUUCAGACAUUUGUUGCCUGCAGAGGCAGGUCCCGCAGAAUCCCGGGUGCUCUGCAGCCUGGGACAAGGAAGCCAAGCCUGCCUGGCCUGCUCACUUGGCCAAGUGCAGGUGGCUCUUCCUGGAGAUGAUCACUCAGUCCAGGGAUACAAUGUGCAGCAAGCCCUCAGGUUUGGGGAAAGGGAGUGGCCUUGACCUCCACGGCAAACCAGGCAGAGGAAUGCGUAGAGCCCAGCUUCAGGGUCCACAGGGAAAGCUAGCAGAAAUUUUCUUUUAUCGGGAUGGGGCAGUUAAAUAUACCAAGAAAAAAAUACUAUUUUUAUAACCUAUGAGGAAAGCAUUUGGAAAAUGAUACUGUAUCAAAGAAUUCAAACAGAAUCCUUAGGGCCCAUGCCCAAAUCUCUCCAUUGCUUCUCAGGUUAGAAUUAUCCCCACCUCCAACAUGAGCUUGUGAAGGCAGUAAGGUGACGGCUCUGUGCCAGCUGCCAAAAUGUUACUUUGAUGUCCACCUGCACCACCUUUCACUGGGCUCUAUCAACACCCUCCCUUCCCUGCAUACCAAUCCCACGACAAUUCAAACACAGCUCUGAGAAGCAAAGUGUGUGGACCCAAAACUGCCAAGCCUGAGUCUGUCCCGUGCUUCUACAUUGCCAGCCUGCCGUGAGUUGCAGGAGACCCGCCUUGUCCCAGCUGUUGUUCUCAAGUUCCCUGCCCCUCCACAUUGCCUGCCAGUGGUGGUGGGUUUUCGUUCUGCUUCCAACCUGAGUAAAGUGUGUGUGCUGAGUUCAUCCUGUUACCCCAUGGUCACGGCCCCAUGGAGGCUCCUCUCCCAUCCUCGCAGUGACUGGUGACAGCGUGCAGGUGCAGUGCUAGCUCUUCGUUCCCUCUAAGGGGUGUGCACUCUUUUUAUUCCUACUCUUGCAAAAACGGAUACGAUUAUGAUUUCCCAUGGAAAUUGAAAACUCUAUUUAAAUAAUUUAACUAUUAAACACUUUCACUGGUAA